AUGUCUAGGGAUGAAUUACCUAAAUUGUCUUGUAAACUACUUACGUGCCAUCAUUUGUGGGAGAAAACUAAAGUUAGUAUUUCUUGAAUUGAUGAUUUGAUACACAGUAAUAGUUUUUACCAUAAUAUGCCCUCUUUUCUCAUAUAUGUUGAGAUGGUAAAAGUCCAUGAUGUUUUCGGUAGCAGAAAGCCUCUUAUGGUUAAGAAGGAGAUGCUGCUGGAAGGCAUGAUUACAUCUAAGGAGUUCCUUUCCAGUACAUUGGUUCGAUACAAGUUGCCUGUUGUUGUGAUAGUCUUCAACAAUGGUGGUGUGUAUGGUGGUGAUCGAAGGAGCCCUGAAGGAAUUACAGGACCCUUCAUAGAUGGUCCUGCUCCCACAUCAUUUGUUCCCGGUGCAGCGUAUCACACUUUAAUUGAAGCUUUUGGAGGCAAGGGAUACCUUGUUGAGACACCUGAUGAACUUCAGUCUGCCCUUUCAGAAUCCUUUUCUACACGCAAGCCAGCUGUUAUAAAUGUUAUUAUUGAUCUUUUUGCUGGUGCUGAAAGUGGGAGAAUGCAACACAAGAACUGAGAUAGGUGCUAGCUGCCCCCUUUUUCUGGUACGUUUCUUUUUGCCAAUGUCAAUCAAUAAUGUAAAAGUUUCACAUCUACUCCUAGCUUGAAAAUAUGCAUAGGCUUAUCAUCUGUUUGCGUGUAAAACUGAAAUGAAAAGCUGUCAUACGU